UGCAGGGGACAGCACGGGAGGCUGGUGGCGGCGGGGGUGUCCCCACCCCUGUUGUCAGGGUACAGCCGGGGUUGGCAGCCCUGGAGCAGCCAUUUUGGGGAACAGGCAGGUUCCCCAGGCGGUACUGUCACCCCGAGAGCCAGCGGCCCCCGGGUGGGUUUAGGAGCCCACGGGGUGUGAUGGUGGGUUGUGGCACUGACCCACCCUGGCACAGACGGGUGACACAGAGGUGCCAUCAGCCACCCCAGGCCGGGGAGGACGGGUGCUCCGGGGGGUUCUGCAGCUCCAGCAGCCUGCACCGGGUCCUGCGGUGGAUCUUUCCCGAACUGCAUCCCUCCCUCCACCCCCACACACCAAAACACAGAUGACGGCUCCCGGGUGCGGGGUUUGCUGAUGGGGACAGCUCUCCCGGGCAGUGCCUGGUCCUGGGCUCAAAGGGCACCAGCAGAAACGAGCCCCUGGGGCCACAGGGGCAGAAACUUCAGCCCAACUCCUGCACGUAGUCCCCCGGCAGCGCGGGCACCGGGGGGGCCUUAGGGAUGCUGCAGCCGCCAGGCUGUGCUUCUUUCAGCAAAAUUCAGCUUACACUGAUGCCUGGCUCCUUCUCCCCUCUUUUCCAGAUCAAAAAUGACUGUCAAAGCUGUAAAAAUGUCGUGCGCGGCUCCCAAUGUUUAUACUAAAGUGCCUGACGGAGGAUGGGGUUGGACAGUUGCUUUUGCUUUCUUCUUCGUGGAAGCUCUAACAUAUGGCAUCAUAAAAUCAUUCGGUGUCUUCUUUAACGACCUGAUGGAAAGCUUUGACGAAACCAACAGCAGGAUAUCCUGGAUAAUAUCCAUAUGUGUGUUUGUACAGACCUUCACAGCUCCUCUCUCCACGGUCCUCAGCAAUCGCUUCGGCCACCGCUUCGUGGUGAUGGCUGGGGGGGUGCUGAUCAGCACCGGCAUGGUCACCGCCUCCUUUGCCCGGACAGUUGUGGACAUGUAUGUCACCAUUGGUGUCAUCUCUGGCCUCGGAUACUGCCUCUCUUUCCUCCCGACUGUCACCAUUUUAUCACAGUAUUUUGACAAAAGACGUUCGCUGGUCACAGCAGUGGCAUCCACAGGGGAAUGUUUUGCUGUUUUCUCCUUCGCACCAGCAAUUACUGCUCUGAAGGAGCAGAUUGGCUGGAGAUACAGCCUCCUGUCUGUGGGGGUGCUGCAGCUGAGCAUCGUCAUCUGCGGAUCGCUGCUGCGACCCAUCAUCAUCAAAGAGCAAGAAGAAGUGAAAGCGCAGCCUCCAGAAGAGCCCACGGAGACAAAGUACAUGCUUGAAAAUGAGCAAACACGCACCUCAAUAGAGUCCAUAGACUCAGGAGUAGAAAUAACUACCUCACCCAGCAAUGUGCCUGGAAAAACCAAAGCAGAGCCGAAAAGUGAAGAACCAAAGGAACACGUACAGAUCCUUGUCGACAAUAACAGCACCCCUCCAGAACCAAAAACCAAACUACUGGACUUUUCUGUGAUGAGAGACUGUAGCUUUAUCUGUUAUGCAUUCUUUGGCCUGUUCGCUACCCUGGGCUUCUUCGCUCCCUCCCUCUACAUCAUUCCCCUCAGCCUCAGCCUUGGCAUCGGCAAGGACCACUCUGCGUACAUACUGUCUGCCAUGGCCAUCGCAGAGGUCUUUGGAAGAAUCUCAGCCGGCUGGGUCCUCAACAAAAAGCCCAUCCGCAAGAUCUACAUCGAACUCAUCUGCGUUGUCCUGCUCUCAGUAGCCUUGUUUGCCUUCCCUUUUGCCUCUGAAUUCUGGGGCUUGAUGACAUGUAGCGUAUUUUUUGGGUUCAUGCUGGGGACGGUAGCGGGCACCCAUAUCCCCCUCCUGGCAGAAGACGACGUGGUGGGCAUCGCAAAGAUGUCUUCUGCAGCUGGAGUCUACGUCUUCAUUCAAAGCUUAGCUGGGUUGGCUGGACCACCCCUUGCAGGUGUCUUAGUGGAUACGACACAGAACUACAGCUCAGCCUUUUACUCCUGUGCUGCUGGCAUGGUCCUGGGCGCCGUGUUCCUCUCCCUGGUGAGACCCUGCAAGGCCGGGCUGUGCCAGCGCCAGCAGCAGCGCCCAGAGGAGAGCGUGGCCCAGGUCCCACCAGACCUACCAGAUGACUUUAUUGAAAUGGAUAUCGGAAAAGCAGAAAAUUCAGGAAAAGCCAGUGACAGCGCGGCAUAAAAAAAAAAACCCUGCUCCUUCUCCAUCUAAUGUACUCGGCGUGAGACUGGGGAACCGUCAGCUCUGCUCCACGUUUUAAAACUACAUUCUAAAGGGAAUGUGAAAUUUUAAAUGUGAACAGUUGCUACCAACAACUCUUCUUUUUUUUUUUUUAAUUAUUAUUAGAAAGAACUUUUUUAACCAACAACGGGAAGCUCCAUAGAAAAUAGGGAUAACCACAUAAGAGUAACUUCUGUCUAGCAUGAAGAUGUGAUGCGCACUCCUGCUUUCCCAAUAACAAACACAGGCAAAGGUUCGACUGAUCCCAGAAAAACUGAGAGCAGCAAGAGCAGCAGCAGCUCAGGCUCUGCCUGUGCUCACCCAGCCCCUGCCGCAGCCCCGCGCCGUCGAAACACCCGCGCUAUGAACUGGAGAUGAGCAUUUCCUACACCACACACCACCAGUAGCCAGCAGAACCUCCUCUGGAAGAGCACAGACUCGUGUUUGAGAUCUGAGGAGGAGGCUAGGCUAGAUACCUGACUGAAACCAUUGCUAGUGUUCUUCUAAUUAACUUGAACAUCACAAAUGCUGGGAAAUGGGAGGCUCCGUAUGUCUUUAUGGCCAGUUAUUACUGCACAUAUUUCAUAAGAUCAUUUUUCUCCUCCCCAUUGGAUCCUUAUAACUGUUUUCUAUUGAUAGCCAGAUCUGAUGUACUGUUUCUAAUUUAACUAGUAUUUAUUAAUUUAUUCUAAGAUUGUAAAAGGAGGUUAGCUUAAAUAACAGGAGAGGAAAAAUGAUCUUUUGCAUAAUGGAAACCUGUCUUUACAUCAAUCUCUUCACUACCAAUCUUGUUCUGCUAGCUUGUGAAAUUGUUGGGGAAACUUACUCUUACAGCAUAGAGUGUAGCUGUUUUUAAUAGGUAGGUCUUGGGUAACCCAGUUUUUAUUUUAAAAAGGAGAAAAAAAAAUAAUAAUAAACUCCAGAUCCAGCAUCUCUUUCCACAAGGCCUCAGCUGGUGUCCAUGGACCCAGCUCUGCUGCCCUCACCAGCCCACCCCGCAGGGAGCAUGGGCCCAGGAUGUCUUAAUGUGCCCCAACCCUUCCCCUGGGGGUUCCAGGAGCCCUCUGCCCCAUCGCAGAAGGAGGGGGGGACCCCCCCCAGUUACCCAGCCCAUCACCAUGUGCCACCCCCGCGGGCACGGGGCGGCCGCUGGGACCCGUACCCCCGUCCCCAGCUCCCCAGUGUCUGCAAAAGGCUUCCUAGUUGAUUUUUAAUUUUUUUUUUUUUUGCUGCUGACUUCAGUGGGAAAGGGAGCCUGUGCCCAUGGCAGGCACGGAGGGAGCGUUGGGAGCCAAGGUGCUGGCUGUUCCUUUAGUCUGACCCCUCCUCACAGUGACACGAGCUUGCUUACCCACCUAUAUGCAUCUUAACGCCUCUCAGCAACUCAGGGGGACAAAUAAAACAAGUCUGUUCUGGUUGGGAGGGGGGGGGAAAAACCCAACCCCCCCCAAACCAACAUUUCUGUGUAUUUAAGUGGAAGUGGCAUCAUGCAUUAACUGCUACGCUGACCUGUCUGCAUUUCACCAGCCAUAGAAGUGUGGGACAAUCUGUUAAAAAAAAAAAACACAACUCUUUCUGGGAAGGUGCUUGAUUUGUUUUUUCUGUCUUAGAUGUCCAAAAAAAAAAAAAAAAAACCAAACAAAAAAAAAAAGACACACCAGGCACUCUUGCAACCAAGUGGCUCGAGCAAUUCAUCCUCACUGCCCGAGACCCGCGUCUCGCGCCCUUCCUCUGCCUCAGCACUUUAUCACGGCCAGCAGGACCUCGCUGCCUUGCACCCGGGACUGGAAGAGCCCUCACAGACACCUCGAGUUCUGUGAGUCAGUGAGUAAAUGAACAAACGGCGACGUUGCGUUAAGGUGUACCUUUUGUUUAUUUAUUGUUAAUUUAUGAUACUUCAAGCAUUCUGGUAAAUGUUCUGUAGCCUGUCAUUGUAAGAUUAUUGAAGUCUUUGUGACACGAGACCUCACUACAGCACUUUGCUGUUACACCUCUGCUUGGAAGUGGAAUAAGGCCUCCAGGUGUUGCGUGUGUGUGGAAGCUCCCUGCUCUGCAGAUUUGCGAGGUUCUACUGUAAUUUAAUUAUUUUUAUUAUAUUUUUUUUUCUUACCGCAGUUUCAAUACAGAUCAAAUAAUGGGUUUGUCACUGACCUCACCCCACGUUUCUGUUCCUGUCCGUGGUGGCACGAGCAGGGGAGUGUGUGCGUUUGUGUGUGUGCGGGUGCAGCAGCCCCAGGAACAGGCUUUAAUGCGUUCACAGCGGGAUUGACCGAGCUGUUUGUAACCUACCCCGUGGACUCUGGAAAUACUCGAAAACACUGAGUUUUGCAAUAAACUUUUUCCUUUUU